CUGUGCGUGCGCGCAUGCGUGCAUCUGCAAGUGUUCACGCGCAUGAUCGACUGGCAGCACAGCAACGUGUGAUGAACUACAUCAGAUGAUGAUGUUGAUGUAGGCGCCUGCUACAGUCGCUGCACUCAUGCAGGUUGUGGAGAAGUUGAAGUGCAGUGAACUCAACAAAUUGAUCGACCUCAGCUCAGAGUUUGCUCACACCCUGACUUCUGUGUGAUAUCAGACCAACAUUCUCAAUACACAGCAUUUCACAGGCUUCCUCCUCGUAGGGAGAUGUGAUCUGCCUUACAUGGUUUACCCAACUGUGACAGUUCAGGUGUCACAGCAAUUAACGGCAGCGUGACUACAGUUGGGUGCUGGUCAGGCUCGUCACCUGAGGUCGUCUACACCUGGCGAGGACAGGUAGCACUCGUACACUGGAAGUCCUCAGCGCUGGUCCCAACUUCCCUCCUCUGACAUGGGUGUCGACGAGGCUUUUAGCGGGGUGGGUAUGCAGCCUGGAAUGGAGAUCUGGAGAAUAGAGCGCAGUUACCUGUCCAUGGAGAAAAUGAAGGUGGUCAAACAAGAUCCGCAGACACAUGGCAGCUUCUUCUCGGGAGAUUCCUACAUUGUUCUUGUGACAAAGAAACCGCCAAAUUCACCAAAAUUGGAGUGGGAUAUUCAUUUCUGGCUUGGCAAGGACACGUCGCAGGACGAACAAGGGGUGGCAGCCUACAAGACUGUAGAACUCGACGACAGUCUGGGUGGAGCACCAGUGCAGCACAGAGAGGUACAAGAUCACGAAUCCAAGCUGUUCUUGUCGUACUUCAGGUCUGGAAUAAGGUAUCUAGAAGGGGGCGUGGACUCUGGAUUCAAAAAGGUUGAAAGGGAUAAAUAUGAGACAAGACUAAUGCAGAUCAAAGGAAAGCGUCACGUGAGGGUUCGCCAGGUCAAGUGUGACCAUACCUCCUUGAACCAAGGGGACGUGUUCAUUCUCGACUGCGGGCUGAUGAUUUAUGUGUGGAACGGUCCUCAGAGCAGCAAGAUGGAGCGUAUAAAGGGUAUUGAAGUAGCAAAGCGCAUCAACGAUGAAGAAAGGGGAGGAAAAGCUGCUAUUAAGAUUAUAGAAAAUACGUGGAACUCCGACCCCGGGUUUUUCAAGGCGCUGGGUUCUACGGGUGACAUCCCCCUGGCUGCUGAUGGCGGUGACGACACGGAAUUCGAGCGCGUGGAGCAGGACACCGUGACUUUGUACAGGGUAUCAGAUGCAUCCGGGAAGCUAGAGGUCUCGGAAGUGGGGCAGAAACCCUUGAAACGAGAACAUCUCGACUCUAAUGACUGCUUUAUUCUGGACUCGGGUCCAAGCGGUAUUUACGUGUGGACAGGCAAGAAGUGCACUAAGAAUGAGAAAAGUGCAGCUUGGCAAAACGCCACGGAGUUUCUGAAAAUGCGCGGGUACCCGGAGUGGACCUCCGUCACCCAGGUGGUGGAGGAGGGCGAGACGCCGCUGUUCAAACAAUACUUUGCCUCGUGGACAGACAAACGCCCAGAGGGACUGGGACGAGCCUACAGCGUGGAGAAGGUGGCAAAAGUCAAAGACGAAAAAUUCGACGCGACCUCACUACACAGAAACAAACUCCAAGCCUCCAAAGAACAAGACACAAUCAAGGAGGAGACAGUUUCUAUCAAGAUCUGGCGAGUGGAGCACAAUGACCUGGUGGCGCAGCCAGAAGACACGUUCGGGACGUUCUACACCGGCGACUGUUACCUGGUGCUGCACACCUACACCAAGGGCACCAGCAGCCUCGAGCAGUACACGCUCUACUUUUGGCAGGGUUCUAAAAGCACGAUUGAAGAGAAAGGGGCUUCCGCAAUUUUUGCUCAGCGCGUGGAUGACAAGGACCUGGGUGGUGCCGCUGUACAGGUUCGCGUGGUCCAAGGACGGGAGCCGGAACAGUUUCUGAAUAUCUUUAGGGGCCAGAUGAUCAUUCUGUUGGGUGGCAUCAACAACACAGAGCCCAUCAGUGACGUCAGACUUUUCCAGGUUCGGGGCACCAACUCCAUAAACACCAAAGCCAUGCAGGUCCAGCCUCGGGCAAGCUCUCUCAACUCCAAUGACGUUUUCAUCUUGGAAUCAAGGGACACCCUCAUCCUGUGGAGAGGACGGGGAGCCAGCGAAGACGAAAAACUAGUCGCCAACAACGUGAUGAACUUCAUCUGCCCCGACAGGAACGCGGCGGACUUGAUGGUGUUCGACGAGGGGGAGGAGCUUCCGGUGUUCUGGGACCUGCUGGGCGGCCCUGAGUCGUACGCCACGGAGCGUCAGUCUGGAGAAACAGUCGCGGACAUGCCCACCCGCCUGUUUCAAUGUUCCAACGCUUCAGGCCGCUUUCUUAUUGAGGAGAUCGUCGACUUCUGUCAAGAGGAUCUGUGCGAAGACGAUGUCAUGCUGCUGGACACCUACACUGAGAUUUUCGUGUGGGUGGGGAAAGGAGCCAACGAGACAGAGAAGAAGGAAGCUCUGCACACGGCUAUGGAAUACAUUCGCACGGACCCGAGCGGGCGGACUGAGGACAACACCCUCAUCCUGCAAGUCAAGCAAGGGUUUGAACCAACCUCCUUCACCGGUCACUUCCACGGAUGGGAUCCAGAAAAAUGGAGUGGAGGCAAGACGUAUGAGGACCUCAAAAAAGAGUUCGGGGAGGACAGUGUUGCUGUCACAUCGGUACAAGAGGAACUAGCGAAUUACUACAGAACCUAUACCUACGCCGAACUCACAAAGAAAAGUCUGCCUAAGGGCGUGGAUGCGAGCUGUAAGGAGCGCUACCUGAGCGACCAGGAGUUCUCCAAGGUGUUUGGGAUUUCUCGCAGUGAAUACCUGGCGCUCCGUGAGUGGAAACAAAUCAACCUCAAGAAGAAGGUUGGCCUCUUCUGACCCCGGACUUCCUCCCUGAAUUGGCGACAGGCGUGAAGCUCCCCAUCCUGCGCUUUCUUCCUAUAAACAAAACGAGAUCUUCUGUCGAGGAAUGACAGAAAUAAUCAACGAAGAAGAGGUGCGGGAGGAGAUUGUAAAUUAGAAAAAUGCGGAGAACAAAACAAAGUGUGAAUAGUCGAACGAUGGCAGCCGUUGGUUUGCUAUGCUUGUCUGUUGAGAUACGAAAAUUAUGUUUUGAAGUGUAUUUGUAAAGAGGAAAUUAGCGACAUAAACAGCUCGAACAGGAAAAGGUAAAUCUGUAUAGCUACUUCUCUUUUCUUAACUUUUUUUACUUAGAAAACACAGACACGCGCACACACACGAGCACACAGACACACACAUACUUUUGCAGAAGACGAAGUAUCUUUUUUUGUAAAAAAAAUGAGCUCAUCCUUCGUUCUAACGGAUUUUUUUAAAAGUCUGUAUCCUUUUCACACUAUUUGUUGAUGUGCCUUAAAGCAGACAAGCACUGAAGCGGCAAUAGGUAGCCUGCCUGACAUUUGUUGGCUUCAAAAUAAAGUUGAAAAUGUCCCAGACGCCCACCAUCAGGAGACGACAUGUUGCACUGAAGUGAUGUCUUCACCAGUGACCGAGGGCAGGAAUCAAAAGUCGACAAGUAAAUCAAAGAGCUGAGUGCAUGGACCCAUCAUUACUUCCUGACAAUUCAUGUUUUUUUGCCAGAAAUCUUCAUCAUUGAUGUUGGUGAAUAAUUCCGCGACUAAGGCGCCACCUCCACCUACCCCAGUGCACUUCUCAUGUUGUAAACGCACAUGGACUAUUUUAUGUCUCGUUGGUGUUAUGAUUGCGCCUCCUGUAUGAUUGUUUGUCAAGGUUUGUCAUGGAUGUACAUGUCUUUGUUUAAGUGUAUGUCUUCGUGUAUAUGUAUUUCUCUGUGAUGUAUAUUUCUGUGUGCAUGUGACUGUAUGUGUGUGUGUACGUAUUUCUGCACAUGAACGUCUUUAGAUUCAUGUAGAUGUGUGUGCGUGUGUGUUUGUGUGUUUGUGUGUGUGUGUGUGUGUGUGUGUGUGUGUGUGUGUGUGUGUGUUACUGUCAUAACAUCACAAUGUAUUUCGUCUGUGGCUUACAGAUGCUGUUCCUCUCUCUUAUCUUUCACUGGUACACGAUGCCAGUUCCCUUCCCUCACACUGUCGGUUAACGGGAUCUUGUCUGUAAAGCUGCAGCAGCUGUAUUAUUCAACAUUCCACACUGAAAGAGAGAGAGAAAAAGAGUUUCAGUUAUCACAUGUUUACAGAGUUUAUGUUACUGUGUUUAUAUUCCUCAAGUGUGAUACAACAAAGCUCCUUAAGCGAAAUGGUCCACGGUACAAAAAUUUUGCAGUGUUUAUCUCAACACUUUUAAAAAUGUAUCAGACAUGUUUUAUCUUUUAAAACUAUCUUCAGACUUUUAAAUCCACGAAUUUAACAUUAUUUGAGCGAGGGUUGCCCUUCUGUGUUCACAGCUCCGUGCUCUCGCGGGGUAUGCACUGUUUCUGGUUUUAUUUCUUCUUUUUCUUUGAUAAAUCCGUCAAUAAAUUAAUUCCUGCACAUUUUACGAUUAAAAAAUAUAAAUUUUCCAUUUUUUCAAAGAAUUGUAUCAUCUUAUUUGUAUUAAUUUCACCUUUGAAAUUUCUUUCUUUAAAUAAUAUCCAAGUUGUCUUUACUUUUAAUCUUUACAAAGUAUAAUUUUAAUUCGACAAAUAUUUUUGAAGACUUUUUCUAAUCCAAUAAAAUAUUCACGUGUACACUAAG